UGUAAUUUCAAUCAAUGUUUAGAUAUAGAAAUAAUCAACGCCGCGGGUCCAACAGGCCAGCUUCGAUUGAAAACGAUGUUAUUUAUUUGCGUAUACGUGAAGGAGGACUUUAUGGACAAUUUCGCAGGUGGUGGCAUGAUUUAUUUUUGCUAGACUAUGAAGACAUCAGAUCAAAACAAUACUAUAUGAGUUCGUACGCAAUGCUGAUGGCAAGAGCUGCUCAGUUUCAACAUGAGCAUACCAGUAUUCAUCCUUUCAGUAAAUUCAGCAAUGGACUAAUAAGGUGGCGCCAUCUGUCAUAACCUUUGAGUGUGCCGCCUCAUUACGAAACUUCUGGGACUGUCUGAUUCUCCAUCUGCUUCUCACGCGCAUAAUAGCUUUCCACAUCAGCACAGAUAUUAUACAUACGCCCCAUAUAAUAUCCCAUUAUUUCUUGGUCGUCAUAGACCUUGUAUUUAUUCUGGACCUUUAUAUCAACGCAAAAACUGGUUACGUCGUCAAAAGAACUAGAAAAGUCAUUUUGCAUUCUCACGAUAUAUUAAUGCACUAUCUUUCGACUAAGGCAUUUAUCCAUGCUAUGACAGCGAUCCCACUUCAAUGCCUCAUGUUCCUUAGACUAGGAAAGCAGAUAACUCAGCCAACAGCCAAGGCUAACUUAUUCAUCUGUACACUGAGGAUUAUAAGUAUGGUUCAUAUAACAAGACUGUUCCAAGCAUCCAAAUACUGGGCAAAAGAUCGCGGCACAUUCGCAAGGACUGUCACCUUCAAGUUCAUCAGAAUAAUUGUUGUCGGAAUCGUGGUGACAUAUAAAAUAGUAUCGUUUUCUAAUGUUUAUGCCGUGAUUAUGGGAAUCUUAACAGGAACAUUGAAUGUAAACACUAUUAGUGGAAAGAUUAUUGAUGCGAAGUACCGAUCUGGGUGGAUGGAAGAUGAUUUCACAUUUUACUUCGUGAGGUUCUCUAGAGUGAUAAAGCAUUUUUUUCUCUUUGGCUUUGGGAUUAUCCCUGUCGAGGAGACCUCCGAUCGUAUUAUAACUUUAAUAAGUUACUGGGUGGCCUGUACGUUUCAUCUCUGGGCUGGCAUUGUUUUGUACAACUGCGUAACAAGAGAGAAUUCUCUGAACGAUCGAAUACAUGUGGCGCGAUCGCAGACUUUCAAUGUUUUACGGAUAAGGCGGCUCUCUGAUGCUCUUCACGACAAAGUUGUCAAGUAUUAUGAUUACAAGAUGUCAAAUUUGAACAUUUUAGAGAAGAAAAACUGUCUGUAUAAAUCGUUACCACCUGAAUUGGUCACAGAGAUCAAAAUGAGCUGUUAUUCGAAGUAUGUUGCGAAAAUUCCCCCUUUUUCGGGAUGGCCAACAGAAGUUAUUACUAGAAUUGUGAAUCUGUUACAACCAGAGAUAUUUUUGAGUAAUGAUUUAGUGUGUAGUACACAGAGCUUGCACGACGGACUAUCGAUAAUCGAAGUAGGAGUCCUGGCAGUGUAUUCUAAGCAGCAAGAGACUGGUCACCUCAUGGAUGGCGAUUACUUUGGAGAGACGGCGCUGGUCAGCGAUCGAAUGCCGACGAAUACCGUUAUUUCCAUUACUCCUAGCACGAUUUUGGUGCUGGAUAAAAUAAGUUUUAGUGAAAUGGUGAUAGCGUACCCAGACCUCUUCUGUACGUUGCGCAUGGCGUCCAUUUUAGCCAACACUGGGUCAGAUAACCAGACCGAAGAAUCCCGUACCAAUCCGGAAACAAUAACCGGGCCAGAUAACCAAGCCGACGAAACCCGUAUUAAUCCGGAAACGUAACCUGUAGUAGCCAUCACCGGGUCAAAAAAACCAUGCCAAGGAAACCCGUAUCCCGUAUCAAUCCGGAAACGUAACCGGUAGCCAUCACCGGGUCAGAUAACCAGACCUAAGAAACCCGUAUCAAUUAGAACGUAUCCGGUACUUAUCUAGUUUUCAUUUUGUUACUUAAAUUUAUUACUAUGUUUUUAAG